ACUCGUCUCUUGAUCCUCGUCCCGUUUCUACCAUGGGCCUUCUCGCCUCGUACUACAGUUACGGCCUUCCGACUUUUCUCGUAAUAUGCAUCGCUCUCUACCUCCUCUUUACUGGCUCCGGUGAAGCAUUCAAUGUUGGCCGCUUCCUCGAAGAGACGAGUCCGUACGCGUGGGCUGGCACGGGUGUCGGACUUUGUAUUGGCUUCAGUGUUCUCGGUGCUGGAUGGGGCAUCUUCGUGACCGGUGCAUCCAUUCUAGGUGGUGGUGUGCGCGCACCGCGCAUUGCGACCAAGAAUCUCUUGAGCAUCAUCUUUUGCGAAGUUGUAGCCAUCUACGGAGUCGUCAUCGGGAUUUUCUACUCUGCUAAAAUCUUGCCCGUGUCCGAAGAUCUCCUAUAUACUCGAGAGAAUUACUUCACCGGAUAUGCUAUCUUUUGGGGUGGUCUCACUGUCGGACUCUGCAACCUCCUCUGUGGUGUCUGUGUCGGGAUUUCCGGUGCAACUGCCGCCCUUGCCGAUGCUGCGGACCCCACACUAUUCGUCCGCGUCCUCAUCGUCGAAGUCUUCGGUAGCAUCCUGGGCCUGUUUGGUCUCAUUGUCGGACUCUUGAUGGUCGGCAAUGCGACGGAUUUCCGCCCAGGUGCAAAGGCUGCUCAACUCGUAUUUGGUGCUUCGAAUGUCACCGCCUUUGUACAGUAAUCGUUGCGAGCACUAAUCAGGAAUGCAUGGACUGGGUCUCUUCACAUAGUGGAUAAUAAGUCGCCCACAUAAGUAGUAUAUAGGACCAUCAGCCAGGGCUUCCAAUCAGACAGGUGGACGUGAAGAGCUUCUAGCCGAGGACGUAUACCCUCUCUUCAACAUAGGUACUGAGCCCGGCUCCAAGUUGUAAAUACCAAUGGGCAAGUCAAGUGCACAUCGAAUAUAUGUCACGUGGUCGAUUGAAAAACACUCAGAUGUAACGGUCACAGUGACGGCACGCGUCUCAUUAAUCUCAAGACAAUACUUACCAACGCCUGCAACAUGUCCAAUGUACGCGGCCCCAUGUCCGCGCUGACGGAAUUUCUCCGGGACACUGGUAUCACACCCACAACUAUCGCUCGUCGAGUUGCGACGAGGACACCGGAUACUACCCCUGCGCAGCCAGAGGCAGGACCCAGCAACGUUGGAAGAGCCAGUCGCGGAAGAAAUACUACAGCUACCACUCAACAGGUGGAUGACGAAGAAUACAACUCUGAUAAUCUAGACGAGCCCGAAGCCCCUGCAAAGAAGCCGAAACUGACGAAGGCAGCCGAGGCCAAGGCCAAAGCGAAAGCGAAGGCUAAGUCUAAGGCGAAGAAAAAGAAAGAUGAAGACGAGUCGGACGACGACGAAGACGCGUACACGGCCCUGUCGAAGUCGGCUUGGAGCGCCACCGGACCCAAACCUGCACCUGGAAGCUUCGCUAACUGUGCGGUCUGCAAGAAGAAGUUCACAGUUACUCAGUACACGAUGGCCGCCAAUCCGGGCCCUGGUUUUCUCUGCCAUCAGUGUGCGAAAGCCUCCGGUGCAGAUCCCUUCAAGAAGUCCGCCGCGCCGCGCAAGAGGAAAGCGCCUGCGGAAAAACGGGCUGUCGUGCACAUUGAGGAGCUCCGGUUCCCGACUCUGGUCUCGCUGUGUAUCGACGUCAUUGCCAAGCAUAUUGACGAUGUGGAAGCUUUCGGAGACAUCGGGGCUCUGAACAUGGAGUCUAUUUCCAAGGCGCUGUCUAAGAAUCGAUCCCUCACCGCCGAAAAUGUGCAUCUGU